AAAGGCGAGACGGAGCGGGGCUGGGUUCGCUUUGUCACCUGCGCAUGCGCAGAGAGGGUAAAAGAAGGUGCUCUCCAUGCUCUGCAGCAGGAGGCAUUCAGGGGUCUUUGCUUUGGGUCGCAUUGCUUUUUCUCAUUGGGGCCAAGUUCCAAAAUCUUCCCCUGCUGCCAUGGAUUUGGGGGCCCUUCGGAAGAACUACAAGGGAGAAGAGGAGGCUUUUGAGGAGAAACAUCUCAUCUCCCUUAACCCCAUUAAGCAGUUCUCUGUCUGGUUUGAGGAAGCGAUGAAGUGCCCAUCCAUAGGAGAAGUUAAUGCCAUGUGCUUGGCUACCUGUAGCAGGGAUGGAAGGCCUUCAGCUCGGAUGUUGCUUUUGAAGGGCUUUGGCCAGGAAGGCUUCCAAUUCUUCACCAACCAUGACAGCAGGAAAGCCAAAGAACUGGACUCAAAUCCAUUUGCUUCAAUUGUCUUCUACUGGGAGCCCCUCAAUCGCCAGGUGCGAAUUGAGGGCUCUGUAGAGAGGCUUCCUGAGCAGGAAUCUGAGACUUACUUCCACUCACGUCCAAAGAGCAGUCAAAUUGGGGCUGUUGUGAGUCGGCAAAGCACGGUGAUCCCAGAUAGAGAGUAUUUAAGAAAGAAGAAUGCAGAGCUAGAAGAAGUGUACCGGGAAGCUAAAGUGCCUAAGCCAGCAUACUGGGGUGGAUACAUCUUAAAGCCAGAAGUCAUUGAGUUCUGGCAGGGCCAAACAAACCGUUUGCAUGACCGCAUUGUCUUCCGGUACCUCCAGGACACAAGUGCACCCUUGGAGCCCAUGACCCACAGGGGAGAGGGCAACUGGGUAUACGAGAGGCUCUCCCCUUGAAAAGCAUGUAGGGUUCAUUGUCUUCAUGCCAUUCUUACAAUAUCUGUGCCAAAGUUUGUGUUCCUCGCUCUCCCCUGAGACAGAUCAGGCUGCAAGCCAGUAAACAAAUACUGGAUCUCCUUGGAGGAAGCCUGGGAUCAAGGCACUUCAUCAAACAGGGCUGGGAUCUUGGCUCUGCCACUAACUAUAAGCCUAGUCUACUUUAGAGAAUUGUUGUAAGGAUAAACAAGGCUAUCCCUGUGUGAACCUGAGCUCACUGAAAGGAAGGCAGGAUACAAAUGUGAUGGCUUUGUAAAUGUUUAAGGUAUAAAUAUGCUACAAAUUUUUAUCUAUUUAAACCCAUUGAACUUCCAUACCUCCCAGACAUGGUGGCAUCUUAGCAAUUUAUGGUGAAAUAACACAGUUUUAUGAGUAGGGUUGAGAAUUCUGUAUCUCCUGGGUUUUGGAGGUGAUGGCUGAAGAGAUCAUGGCAGACUGGCUUCAUUUUGUAAUGACUGGAUAAACCUGUCUGGUUCUACAUUGACAUGUACAGGAUGGGUUUGUUUUUUCCCUAAACCAGUAGGCAAAGUCCUUUUUAUUCAGACAGGCUUUUUGUAUUUGAUUUAUCUGCUGAGGGAGGGUUUUUUAACAGGAGGUGCUGUACCCUUUUUAUCACUGUGCUGCUAUACUGCUUUUCAUUUAGUUGUGUUCUGCUACCAUAAUUUGUUUACGUCUUUUUAAACCAUUUUUUAAGUUUUAUUUUUACCUUUGUUUAAAUCUUCCAUGAGUUGCCUAGAGUCCCAGUCUUGGGAGAAAAACCAGAUAUGCAUCAAAUAACACAUUCAGUUGAAUAUGAACAGCAGAAAAGCUUGAUUUUUGCACACGCGCUAGCAUAUACAGGCAUAUCAAAAUUAACAAAGCGUCUGACAAAGAAACACAGUUUCACAAACUCUUUUUAAUGCAUGCCCAGUCCACCCCUUCUUCCUCUUCAUCCUGUGUCUAGCCUGAAAGCUUUGUUGCAGUAUCAGCAUUUGGAGGAUAGUGAAAGAAAACUAGACACUUUCACUGCUGGGUGCAGCCGCAUGCCUACAAUAAACAAUGCAAUAAAGUGAUAGCUGGGAAAAGAUGGGAAUCUACUCUAGCUGACCUUUCAUGAACAGAGAGAGAAGAGGAGAAAAUUGUCUUACCAGCUCACUCCAGCAUGUAAAAAACAUAAGUUUGGCCACAGUAUAGAAAUCAUAAGAAAAGUGGAACCUGGUGAAAGAAAGUCAUCCCUGGAUGUAUUUUGGAAGAUGCUUUCAGAUGGUCUCUACAACAAUUUUGAUUGUUUGUUUGUUUGUUUGUUUACUUACUUGCCUGACCGGGUUGUUUCAUGUCACAUGUGUGGAUUCUUAGUUUUGUAAGAAACAUGUUGCUGAAACAUGUUGAACUGACCUUUUCUGUGAUAUAUGACCCUAUCCCUAGUCUUUCCAUGUUAUUUUUGCUUCUGGUACCAUAUUGUUUGUUAAAGACGUAAUGUCCAGGAGCACAUCAACUUUGUUAAUUGAUGUAAACCUGUAGUGCUAUUUGGUAUAAUUCAGCAGCUAGGAUGCAUUGUAAAGAACGUGAACUCUGGAUGGGUAUUGAGAAUAAUGGAAGGCCAGAAGGGAUAGACCAGUGCCAUUAACUUCAAGAGCUCAUGUCUGAAUUUGCUUUUUCCAUCCUCCUUUCCCCUUUGUUUGUGACUUACACAUCCCUAGAUUGUAAGCCUUAUGGUGCAGGCUGUCUUACUAUUGCUCCAGCUGAGUUACUCUGGUAGCCUUUUUGCUUUCAGUUGGAGUGGGGCAACUGCAUCAGUCUGGGGGCCACUCUUACGCUCUAGGGGCUACAUGGACUAUUGAAAGACAAAAGCAAUACAAAUCUGAAAGUGGCCAGAAGCGUCAAAAAUUGUUGUGUUUUGGUGCUAAACAGUAAAAUGGAGGCCUUACAAACUGUUUUAAGGGCAAAUUGUUGUGCCUGGAGGCUUCCAAGAAGAGCAAUUCACUUUCCUUUUGGGGGCCAAAAAGUCAAUUCAGAGAUUCUGGAGGUGCCAAACGCCACAAAAUACAUCCUUGAGGCCACCAAUUCUGGACACAACAUUAGGAUCUUAGGAAACUAUAAACAAGAGACUGUGAACUGCUCCAGCUCCUCUUAACUCAGGAGCUAAAACAGCUUUCUCUGAGCUAGUGACGUCCAGAUGGCCCAUGCUGGUUGGGGAUGGUGGAAAUUGUAAUAGUUGUAAGAGGAUGGAAUUUGUAAUCUUACACAUCUGGAAGGUGCUGGAUUGGAGAAUGCAGAGCUAGAAAAUUGUGGUGAGAUAGUCAGGUGUCAUUUCUGUUCAGUAUAGUGUCUAGAUCAAAGGAAGUAAUAGUGCCACUAUAUUCUGCUCUGGUCAGGCCCCACCUGGAAUAUUGUGUCCAGUUCUGGGCACCACAAUUUAAAAAGGAUGUGGAGAAACUGGAGCA